AUACCCGGAAGUGCAAGGUCGCGCCAUUUUCAAAACAAAUCAGACAUGUGCAUGUACGGUGCUCAUUCACUGAACGACAAAAUAGAAUAGAUUGAAAGGAACGCGGACUGCACUGGUAAUCCUAUUUGAGUAUCGUGAAGUGGUAUGAGAGGAUCAGAAAGCAGUGGACAAGUGGAAUAUGCCAGAGUGUAGGAAAUGUGAACAGCCAUGGCUUCCAGUCUCCACAGAAUUCAGAAGGGACAGUAUCUCCUGGGCAGGACACUAUUCACUGCUGCAGUAGCGCCUAGGUUGGUGAAAUUCAACACUGUAGAGGUGGUCUCAUCCCCUAGCCUCUCUGAGAUUAGGAAGUUUUUCAAGGACAAUGGAUGCCAAGUUUCGACAGGCUACACAUGCUUAAAGUUGGUAUGUCCUUACUGCGUGGAUCAGGAUUCUGAGGCUGAACGUAGUGCCAAAUCCAAGGAGAAGCAUCUAUUUGUGAAUAUGACCACAGGUCAUUGUCAAUGUCAGUGCAGCAGAGUAUGCAGUACUUGGCCCAACCUUACUGACAGCCUUGCCAUCGCCAGGAGACAGACCAAGAAGAAGAAGAGCGCCCUCAAACUACCCAAGGAGCAGUCAUGUGAUCAAGAUUGGAGGUCACAGGUCAAAGAUGCUGAGGAAUUGUGGGAGAAGGGCACCGGGUUGAGUGAGCUACGGAGUGAUGCAUUUCGAAAUUUGAAGGACAGGUUUGGGGCAGCGUCACUCUCUAUAGAAACCUUUGAUAGAUUUCAUGCUAGAACAGACUCCAAACGCAAAACACUGAUUCUGCCACAGUAUGGGCCAGAGGGGCAUUACAGGGGGACAGGCUUGGUUGAGAGGUGUAAGCAGGACCCGGAUGACGAGGAAGACUGCCAUUCGCAUCGUGUCCAAUCAAAUGUUCUUCCAAGGGAUUUUUCUCCUUGUCUAUUUGGAUACCACCUGAUUCAGCCUCAGCAGACAGAGGUCAUUCUAACUGCUAAUGCACUGGAUGCUAUGGCGGUCAAUGAAGUGACCGGUCAGACGGCUUUAGCCCUCCCGAGGGGGACGGCUUAUCUUCCACAAGAGGUUUUGCCGCUUCUGGAGCAGUUCCAGAAGAUUGUGCUUUGGUUUGGCAAUGACAUGAGGUCAUGGGAAGCAGCAAAAAGCUUUGGAAGGAAACUCAAUCCCAAAAGGUGUUAUUUCAUCAGACCACUCGAUGCUCACCCUGCCCCCUUGCAGGCCCUAACCAAUGGUCUGAGUCUGAAGAAUAUCCUCCGACAAGCCACGCCCAUGAGCCACAAGUCGAUCGUCUCUUUCCGCUCUCUGAGGGAUGAGGUUCUUGGAGAACUCUCCCAUGCAGAACAGGUCGCUGGGGUUAAGUGGAAAAGAUAUCCUCUUCUUAAUAAGCAUAUGAAGGGACACAGGCGUGGUGAAUUGACUGUCUUCACUGGACCAACAGGGUCCGGCAAGACCACCUUCAUGGCCGAAUAUUCCCUGGAUCUGUGCAUGCAAGGGGUCAAUACACUUUGGGGCAGUUUUGAGAUUCAAAAUGUCCGGCUUGCCAAAAUCAUGCUGACUCAGUUUUCUAUGUGCAAUUUGGAGAAGAACAUUGAUAAGUUUGACCGUUGGGCAGAUAAGUUUGAACUGCUCCCCUUGCAUUUCAUGACAUUCCAUGGCCAACAGAGUCUCAAGACAGUUAUUGAUGCCAUGGCCCACUCCGUCUACGUCCACGACAUUGAGCACGUGAUACUCGACAACCUCCAGUUCAUGGUGGGCGUGUCAGAGCGCCAUCUAUCCGUCGACCGCUUUGCAAUGUAUGACAACAUCAUCGCUGCCUUCAGGAAGUUUGCGACGGAGAACAACUGCCAUGUUUCCGUGGUUAUCCACCCAAGGAAGGAGAAGGAAUCAGAUGAGCUCCAGACAGCUUCUAUCUUUGGUAGCGCUAAGGCAAGCCAAGAGGCUGAUAAUGUCCUGAUCUUACAAGACCGUAGGUUUACUGCUCUAAGGGGUAAAAAGUAUAUACAGGUGGUCAAGAAUCGUUUUGAUGGUGACCUGGGUAUCAUUCCGCUGACCUUCAACAAAGAAACACUGACCAUGUCGCCACCGGUCAAGCAGAAGGCCAAACGUCAGACCAAGAAAGAAAAGGAAGGGUCGGAUGCGGAGAGGAAGACAGCGAAGACAGAAGGAGAGGAGUAUGAACUCUUUGAGGGCAUGAUGCUGAAGAGUAAAGAUGAGUCUGAGAUUGGGAUUGGAGAAUGAAGUGUUCGAUCAAAGUGACGCUAAACUCAAGGAGUUAAAAUGAGUUAAGAGGUUGAGAUCAGCGAGUUUAACAGAAUCCAUGGUAAAGUGUUUGCUCAAUAAGGAGCAAACUCAAAGAGUGAAGAUGAGUCUCAGAUUUGGAUCAGAGAGUGAAAUUGACCCCUCUUCGAGUGUUUACUCAAAAUAAUUCGAACUAAAGAGUUAAAGUGAGUUUUUAGGUCGAGAUCAGCAAGUUAAACAGAAUCUUUGUUAAAGUUUUUGCUCAGUAUGGUGCUAACUCAGGGGUAAAGAUGAGUCUGAGAUUGGGAUUGGCAAGUGAAACUGACCCCUCUUCAAGUGUUUACUCAGUGUAAGUUCAACUUAAGAGUUAAAAUGAGUUUUAGAUUGGGAUCAAUUACUAAAACUGACUCAUCUUUAAAGUGUUUGCUCAUGGUGCUAACUCAAGAGUAAGAAUGAGUCUGAUAUUGAGAUCGGUGAGUGAAACUGACUCCUUGUUAAAUUGGAUGCUCACUAUGGUGCUUAACUCAGAGUAGGUAUGAGCCUGAAAUUGGGAUCGACAAGUGAAACAGACCCCUUAAGUGUUGUGAUCAAUGAGUGAAACAGACUUGUCUUUAAAGUGUUUGCUCAAUGGUGCCAACUCAAGAGUAAAAACAAGUUUGAGAUUGAGGUCCGUGAGUGAAACCGACUCCUUGUUAAAUUGUUUACUCAAUAUGCUAACUCAAGAGUUACAAUGAGUUUCAGAUUAGGAUUGAGUGAGCAUUAUGUGAUGUUAAACUCAAGAGUAAAGACGAGUCUGAGAUUGGGAUGGGCGGGUGAAUCUGGCCCUUCCUUGAAGUGUUGCUCAAUAUGGUGCUAAGUUAAAGAGUUGAAAAUGAACCUAAGAUCAGGAUUAGGGUGUUUAGAUAGCCCAUACAAUCAGUGUUUCUCUGUGAUGAUGAAUAAACCUUUUUCAAUGUUUCAAUGUCAGUUAAAGAACAUCUAUGGUUGCUGCUGAAGAGUGUAAAUGGUAUUGAGUUUGGCAGGUAAAAUUGCCCCCUUUUUUCAGUGUUUGCUUUAUACGAUGAUGUAAAAGGGAAAGGGAAGGCGGUGGAAGGAGGAGGAGUAUUCUAUCAAAGUCAAACUUAACUUGAACUUUCUUCAAAUAAUUUUUUUGUUAACUUUUUGAAAGGUAAUUUCUUAGUCUAUAUUGCCAGAACAGAUGGGGUGUAUACAUAUUGAAAAGGCCAACUUUUGGAACAGAAAACAAAAUUUAAAUUUUCUUGGACUACAAUUUUUUUUUAAAUUACAAUUCACAUUUGACAUUAUAGGUAUUUCCAGGGCUCCUUUAGGUACCUCAAGGGCAAAUUUGCCUGGCGCCCUCAAGUAUUUGUUUCUGUUUCCAAGUCAGAGCUACAUGUUUCACGCAAGUAUCUCCCAGACCGGCCAGACAACGUGAAAUGCAGGAUAGCUGUUGUGAAAGAUAUAAUGUAAUAUGUUAUCUUAUCCUGUGCGUCAGUUUGAUAUGCCAAAAAUGUUGUGUAAUCUGAUUUAUUCUUGUACAAUGUAUUCUUAAAGUAUCGUAUUACAUGCAGUAAUACAGCAUGAUAGUGCAAGAAAAUAAAUGUUGUGUAGCCUUCAUCUGUUGACCAUAAAAUGCGAAAAACAGGGACGCUAAGUUUUUUUUAGCAGACUCGAAUAAAUAUAUGCAAAUUUUUUUUGUGAGAAAAUGUCAGAUUUGGGUGAAGAAUUUGCUCCACUUUGUAUUCAAUGACCUCGAAAGCACUUUAAUUUGCAUUUUAACAUGUAUACCUGCAUAUGUAAAUAAUCCAAUGCAUAUUUCUUUGUGCAGCUAAGGUAUGAAAAAAAAAAAAAAAGCUGACUGACCAACCCAACUUUCUGAUUUUGGGCUUAUGAGGGUAACAGCAAUUUGUUUUAUAAGGCCUACUAAACAUAACACAAAAAUUAAGUUCCCCCCAAUUCAAAAUCACAAUGGCAUUGCUGAAAGUGUUCCAACACUUAUGUACUAAGUUUUGUGUUAAAAUUAAAUUAAUGUCAGAAGAAUUGUGAGUUGUAUAAUGCUACCCUUAUUAGUUAAAGUUCUGAAGGUGAGUGCGAAUAGAAUCAAAUGAAUUGACCACCCAAGUGUUUGUAUGUAUGAAUUAUAAAUAAAAAAAUAUUUAUGCCAAAUGACUGUGGAAGAAAAUAUGUAAUUGCUGAGAAAUUAGCAAAAUGAAUACAGAAUUCCAUCAAUUGUCGGGUAUUUUUCCAAGCAAUAUUAGUACUUUGUGUUACAUAUACUUUUCUGUGUUAGUGAUCAUAAAUGCUGUCAGUUUUCAGCUAUUAAGAUUUCAUGAUUUCACAAAGAUGAGUAUAUACAUGUUAAUGUACCAGAUGUAGAUCUAUGAUAAUAGAGUACUGAAGUGUGACGUCACGAUGUCAUGACAACGAACCGGCUGGUUCUAAACUGAGUCGCAACUGCACGGUCGUCGGUACACAUUUGUAUUUGCAAAAAUGGUGAUGUGUUUUGUCCCUGGUUGUUAACCAUCAUUCUGAGGGUCAUAACAGGGCGCCGUUUCAUUAAGCUGUUCGUAAGUUAAGAGCAAUUUUGAGAACGACUGGCGAUCCUUUCUUGUGGUAAAUGGUAAAAUAAAUUGCCGAUGGAGUAGCGUGUAAGCAAGGAUCACCAGUCGUUCUUAAAGUCGCUCCCAACUUACGAACAGCUUUAUGAAACGGCCCAAGAUUCAUUUGUUUAGAACCAGACUGCCAUGACACCAUGGCAUCUGACGUCUUCGCUUCUGUAUUCCAAAAGGUGACAAUUAACCUCAAUUUUAAAGACUUAAAUCAAAUUAAAAAUUUUUUUGCUGCAACUACAUUCUUUUAGGCCUUUAAUUGAUAAUUGACCAUUUGGCUUUUAAAGCACUGUCCACUCCUGUUUGACCCAAAUGAUUGCAAUUAUGAUCUAAUUCUCAGCUGAAUCUUGUGACUUUGAUAUUAAAGGGAUGCUCUGGGCUGAAAAAAAUUAUGUCUAUAUAAAUAGAGUAAAAUUCACUGAGCAAAAUGCUGAAAUGUCAUCAAAAUCAGAUAACAAAUAUUGAAGUUAUUGAAUUCUAAAGUUUAGCAAUAUUUUGUGAAAAAAAGUUAUAUGCACGUCAUCAUGAAUAUUCAUUAGGUGGGCUGGUGACGUCAUAAUUGUUUCAUUUUUUCAUACGUGUGAACAAUGUGUCUCCUUUAUAAUGAAAUAAGUCGUAGCAAUGAAUAUCUACUGCAAUAAAUCCGGUGUCAAUCCAAUUAUUUCAGUUCUUGGUAGAAAAAUUUUGAAUAAACAUAUAUAAUCAUAUAAUCAUAUAUAAUAAAAUACAAAAGAACAAGUGGGGAUAUGACAUCAUCAAUUUGCUCAUUGAAUAUUCAUGAAGAAAUGCCUAGAACUGUUUCACCAGAAUAAUGCAAAUAUUUGAAAUGCCAUAACUUUGUUAUUCCUUGUCCGAUUUUGAUCAAAUUUUCAGUGUUUUGUUUGUCUGAUUUUUCUAUGUGUUUAUAUCAUAUUAUUUUCAGCCCGGAGCAUCCCUUUAAUCAUGACUGGAAAAAGUCACUAACUAGGAGUUAUUUUGCAUAGUAUCCGUUAAGCAUUAAAAAUGUAUUCCAUUCUGAUUUACAGGGGAGCUCUGACCCUUUUUGUGUUAUGUCUAGUUGGAUGAAUUUUUUAUUUUGUUGUGUUAAUAUGGAUGUGCUAGCUAUCAUGUCACCUACAUGUAUACCAUCAUACAUGUAAUUAAAGGAACAUAUUUUCAU